CUGGCCAUGAAGGCAGCAGCAGAGCAGCUGAGAGGAGGAUGCUGAGGACCAGCCCAGAGAGCUCUUCUUCCUGAAGAUGCUGCCUAGCUGAAAGGAUGGCGGGCGCUCAGGUCUUGGUCCCCGGCACCAUUUGCUCUCCUCGUUCCCCCGCACGACGCUCCGCCAGGAUGGGCCCCCAUCCGAUGGGCUUUCCCGCCUGCCUCUCCAUCUGCCUCUUCCUGCUCAGCUCCUGCAGUCCGCAAUGCCUCGCUUUUUGGGAGGCGGAGGGGCGGCCCGCGAGACAACUACGUCAGGCCUUUCCAGAAGACCCCGGAAACGUGAGCGUCCCGGUUCCAGAAAGCCCCUUCAGCUCACCCGCGCAAGCAGCCAGCAGUGCGACUUCCGGAAGCCUCUACAAAGGCGCCACAGUUGAGCCAACCGGGGAGCCGCUAAACACUGCCACCACCAUCAAAGCCACGCUGCCAACCAGCCUGGGUGCUCAAGGUCCUCCAGGGCGCCAGGGUUUGAGUGUUGACGCCACGGCUGCAACCCCAGCGGUGGGUGGCAGCGAGCAGCAGUUGGAUCCCAGUGUUCCCAGUAAAGAACUGGGGAGCAGCGAGCAAAGCGAAGUCCUGCUCACCCCGGUUGUGACUGCUCCAGACCCGAAUGCGAGGGCUGUUGGGCUCAGCACUACCGCAGGAGAGCUGGUGGAGGGUGGCGGGGGAGGAGACAGGCUCGGUUCAAUGGUGGACGUUUUCGCGCCAGACGUCUUGGAAGGAGGCAGAAGCGCCACAUGGCAACCGGCCACGGAAGAAGCGCACAUUUCCGAAACGAUAGCCAGCGGCCGCUCCGUGACUCCUUCCCCUCCAGUGGGUCAGUACGUUGAUUCUGAGCAAGGGCCAGACAGAGACGCCCCCUCGGUUUUGAGAGGCACAGAGGGUCCUGCGAGACCUGCUUUGGCUCCGGCUGACGCCGCCUCGGGUUUGCAAGUGGGGAUCUCCACGGAAAGGGAGCUCUUGGAAGGCGUUCCUGGUGCCGUGGCGACUGUCACACCACAAAGUGAUGACUGGGAUGAUACAAAAUUUGGGCCCGCCAGUCGGCUGAAUGCUCUGAGACCCGUGACGGGGCUUUAUCCCGCCGUGGGGGGAGAGGAAGAGGAAGACGAUGUGAAGAAGGCCCUGCCGCCGCCGAGAUUAUCGGCAGCCGCGCCGAAAGGAAGUGAAAAUGUUCAGACCGGGUUGGGCCUGGCGUCCGUGCCAAGCGGGGAGCCCACCUCGCCCUCUGCCAGCCUGGAUCCUGCCCGUGUUGCUGGCCCGCCAGUGAAAGCUGCAGCCCCCUCUGGGAGUGCAGUGGAAAAUGGAGAGCCUGUUGCCACUUCCCAUUCCAGAUCCCUUGCAGGGACCACCGCUACGACGGACGCGACCAAAUCAGACGUCUUCCAAACCCCGAGAGAUCUGUCAAGAGGGAUUACUCCUGGGGCAGCAACAUCCUUCCACGAAGCGGAUGCCGUGCUUCUUCCAGCUGUGACACAAGGCGACUUUAGCACCCAGCAAGCCACAGGGCCAGAGAGGGUGAUGGAGGGAGAAACACCGACAGUUUUCAGAAUCUCCCAGCUGCCAGAAGACUCUGUGGCUGCUGCUUCCCCCCUUGCCACCCAUUUGCCUGCUCUUAAAACACCGGAUGCAAAAGGGUCCGUCACUGCCCUUAGCAGAGAGGAGGAGGAAGAUGUUUCCGUUGCCAGCUCUCCUGCAACUCUGGGGGACCGGAGAGCGCAGGACGAAGGGAUUCCAGGAGCGACCGAAGCCAUGACAGUUCCACCGACCUUGGUGUCCUUGACGAAGAGGACCACUGUCCCAGCCACACACCGGAUCACCACAGCUGCAACCUAUGAGCUUGAUAGGCUGGAAUCAGAAGAGGAAGAGGAGGAGGAGGAGGAGGAAGAGGAAGAGGAGGAGGAGGAGGAAGAAGAAGAGGAGCCGGAGGAGGAAGAAGAUGAGGAAGACGAUGGCAACGAAGAGGAGAGGGACCCAAGUUCCAUGGAGGAAAGCUUGGACGAAGACGCCAACCUGUCCAGCUUCACUCUCCCUGGGGAGACAUCUCAGGAACCCCUGGAAGGGCUCGAGAACCCAGCCGGGGAGCUCUCGGGGGUCUCCUACCAAGUGCCGAGCGCCAUCGAAUGGGAACAACAGAACCAAGGGCUAGUGAGAAGCUGGAUGGAAAAGCUAAAAGAUAAGGCUGGUUACAUGUCUGGCAUGCUGGUGCCAGUCGGGGUCGGCAUUGCCGGGGCCCUUUUCAUCUUGGGCGCGCUCUACAGCAUAAAAAUCAUGAACCGCCGGCGAAGGAACGGCUUCAAGAGGCAUAAGCGAAAGCAGAGAGAAUUCAACAGCAUGCAAGACCGAGUGAUGCUUCUAGCGGACAGCUCUGAAGACGAAUUCUGAACCAGGCUGCAGCGCCUCGUUUCCUGCCCUUCCGUGACUUUUAUUUCCUUUCCCCUCCCCUCUAUUUCCCUUCUUUCUUGUUGCCAAGGGAGGUGGGCAAGCGUUUCUGCUGCACCACCAUGGAGGCCGGCCACCUUCCUCUCGCUCACGGGGCAGCGGUGCUUUUACACAACCUGCCCCUAGAAGAGGAAAACACACACACACACACCGAUAACAGCAUGCUGCAGCCCCAGUGUAAGACACAAAUAUUAUUAUUUUUGAAAUAUAUGUAUCUCUGUACGGUCACGCACGUUCAUUUUCCACGCACGGCACGCCGUUCUGAAUGCCCAGCGGGCAAAGGCGUGGGACCCAAAAGACAAUGACAUUUGUUGGGUGUUUAGUUUUUAUUCCAUCUGCUGGCAGUCGUGCCGCUGUCCUUCUGGUGCGAGUCCCUGGGGGGGGGGGCAGGCUUCAGCCCAGAUAACUCCUGUCUCCCUCUCUCGCUGGGGAGCGACUUCUGAAUACGUUGCGUUACCUGAGCUGGAGUUCGCAGUUUCCAAAAUUAGCUGCUCUGUUUAAUUGAUGAAGUGCCGCCCCGAAGCAGAUUCCCCUCCCCCCAUUGGCCAGGUAGAGUACAAAACAGUAAUAUGUAGAUUAAGAUACACCGAAGGCCCAAACUAGACAUUUAUGUGGGAGACGAAUGAAGCCCCCCCCCCCACUUUUGUAAAGCGCAAAGCAGUUUCAGAGGCUGCAGUUAGGAGAUAGGGAAACAGCUGACUCUCCAGGGUUUCAAAUGGGUGGUUUUCCCCAACCCAGAACCUGUGUUGAACCUGGGAUCUAUUGCGGGCAAAGCAGAUUCUUGGCCACAGAUCCCUUAGAAAAUAAAGAUAAGGUUCUAGUCCUCAUGGAUCUGAACAAAGGACUGAUCAAUAUUGCCUCCACUGGCUGGCAGCAGGUCUUGAACCUGGGACUUCCUGCUCUGCCACUGAGCUACACUCCUUCCCCAAAACUGGCAAGCUGGGAGCAGAGAAUGGCGGGGGGAGUAGCCUUGCUUAACCCAUUUCCUUUCCGCUGGUUUUUUCCCCUUCCCUCCCUCCAGCUGCUUUUUCACCCGUGGAGGAAAAGAUACAGGACCCCUGCAUCUUUUUCCUUGGCUAGGGAAAAAGAGGUGGGGUGUGUGUGAUGACGGUUUUGAGUGGACAAACGGGAGGAAGGGGAAGGGUCAAGCAUCCCCUCCGCCGUUUGAACGGGCGGCCUCCUACUGCCCUUCGGGAGGGACUUAUUGUGCUUCCAACGUAUCGUAAGGUUUCGCCUUCUAAGCAUGCCAGCCUACAUUGCAGAGCUGCUUAUUUUAAGAGACAGACAACCCAUUGCUACGUGGGAUUUUUCCAAGGCUUUUUUCCCCAGCUCAGUUCCGGCACCUCUCAGGUGGGCGCCAUCGCCAUUAUAAGAGAACAAGGGAGGCAUUGGCGGUGAGUUCCAGUGCCUCUUUUUCUAGAGAAAUAGCGCUGGGGUUUUCCUCCCGUUGUGAAUAGCAAGCGCCUGGGGGGCUGGGGUCCCUUUGUGCGCCCCCCCAUGCUCCCAGUACAUCAAGGCGCUCCCCUUGCCAGGUGUUUAGUUUCCUUUAACCAUGACAGCAGCGUGGUGUCAAAGUGCACGGCAAACGCCACGUCUCUCGCUUGGCCCUGAGGUCACAAUCCUGAUGAUGACGGUGCUGGGAUCAAUGCUGUCAUGGGACACACACACACACACACACACACACACACACCGUUUCCCCUGCGGCGGAUGCUUCUGGCAAGACGGCCCAACUCAUUACAGGUAUGCCCCAUCCCUUCUUGCCGCCCGUCGGCCUGGGAACGGCUGGCCAAAGGCUUCUGCUUCUGCGACCCGUCACCUGCAGUCAUGUAGUGUCAAAUUCAGAGGCGCAGGGUUCCCUUCGUGAUAGUCACAGCCGCUCACCCCUUCUGAGAUUAUGCAACCUUCUAAGAGUAUACAGUGGACACUCGGGUUGCGGACGUGAUCCGUGUGGGAGGCACGUUCGUAACCCACAGCGCCGCAUCUGCGCACGCGCAGGUUGCAAUCCGGUGCUCCUGCGCAUGCGCAAAGUGCGAUCUAGCACUUCUGCACAUGCGUGAGCGCCGAAUCCUGGAAGUAACCAGUUCCGGGACUUCCGAGUUCACCGCCGUGCGCAACCUGAAGCGGCCGUAACCCAAGGUAUGACUGUACAAUAAUAUUAUAAUGAUAGAAGAAUAAGAAUAAAUAGAGAUGCAUUGUAGCGAUCAAUGCCGAUCUCCCUUGUGUUGCCUUUCAGCCAGAUCUGCUAUUUUCUUUGCACGUAAAUAUUUUGGACGGCUCCAAGGAUACCUUCCGUUGGAGAGACUGGCGUUGCCUUUUCCGUGACGUUCCGUUCCACAUAGCAGGAUUCCCAAGCGCGCAGUGCUGUUGUUUUUCUUGAGCUGAAGCACCUUACAUUUUCAGUGCUCCUAAAUGCUUAGUUUUGCAGCAUGCAGAAUUAUUCCUUCUUUGUCCUCCAGAUGGACUACAACUCCCGUCAGCACAGCUGGAAGAAAGGGCACUAGGUUGGGGAACUCUUGUCUUCCUCAACUGGCAACUGCUCUUCAGUGUCUCAGGUAGAAGGAGAGAGGUCUUUCCCAUCACCUGUUAGCCGGAGUCAUUUAGCUGAAGGUGGUUAGAGCAGAAUCAGCAGGCUGGCAGGCAGAGGAAUGGCUUAGAAAGCUACCUUAUGACCAGGAUGACCCAUCCAGCUCUGUAAUGCCCACACUGACUGGCAGAGGCUCUUUGGGGUUUCCCUAGCCCUAGCUGGGACUUCGUGCACACAAAGCAGAAGCUCUACUGCUGAGCUGCGGCACUUCCUUUAAAAUUAAUAGUGAGAGUCUAGUCCUCAAGGUUCUGAAGGAAGGGCUGAUUUAAACUGGAACGGAAGCUGCCUUAUCCCGAAUCAGAUCAUUGGCUUAGUAUUGUCCACACUGACCUGCCAAAGAUGCUCUGCCAUUGAGCGGCAGUUUCUCCUGCACCUCAGAUCACCUAUGGUUUCCCAAACUUGGGUCUC